AUGGGCGGCGGCGGGGCGGCCGACGAGCCGACGCAGCUCCAGGUUCAGCUGGAGCGGCUUCGGCAGCAGCUGGCAGAGGAGCAGCUGCUGCGGCGGCAGGCCGAGGAGGCGGUGGAGGUGGUGGCUGCAGACCGCAGCCGGCUGCAAAAGGCGCGAGACGAGCUGGCUACCGCGCUGCUGGCGUGUGAGCGGCGUGCCGCCGAGGCAGAGGAGGAGCAGCUGCGUGCCGAGGCGCAGGCGGCGGCGCUGGAGGCCGCGCUGCGGGAGCAGCAGCAGGCGGCAGAGGCGAGCGCGGCGGCGGCCGCUGCCGCGGGGCCCCUCUCCCCAGCCACCGCCGAGCGGCUGGGAAGCAGCGCCGGCGUGGCGGCGGCCGCCUCGCGCUCGCUGCGCCACACGCAGAGCAGCAAGAGCGACAGCGGGCUGGCUGCCGACCUGGACAUCCUGCUGGCGGAGCUGGACCAGGAGCGGCAGCGCAGCGAGGAGCUUGUGCGCACUCUGGAGGCGGCGGAGAGGGAGGCUGUGUCCGCCACCGAGAAGCUGCUCAAGGCCCAGCAGCGCAUCAAGCAGCUGGGGAGCGGGGGCAAGGGGCGCGGCCUGUUUGGCGGCAUGAAGAAGUCAGCUUCCUCCGCCAGCCUGCCGCCCGGAGGGGCCGGCGGCGCGGCCGGUGCCGCGGCGGGCGGCGAGGCCGAGGCCGAGGAGACGGCGGCGGUGCUGCAGCAGCGCAUCGUGGCGCUCAAGGCCAGCCGGGACAAGCUGAUCGGCGCCUUUGAUGCGCAGGCCGCGGAGAUCGAGCGGCUGUCGGGGGACAACGCCGCACUGGCAGAGUCGGUGGCGCAGCUGCGGGAUGUGGCGGCCAAGUGGGAGGCGCAGGCGCAGGACAGCCUGUCGCAGAACGAGCGGCUCAAGGACUUGCUGGAAGAAAGCGCGACGUGGAACCUGGCGCCGGCCGCCCCCUGCGGCACCGGCGGCGCGGCCGGCGGCGGCGCCAACGGCCGAGCAGCAGGCGCGGCAGGGAAAGGGGCAGGAGCAGGCAGCGGAGAUGCGGGCAGGGGCGAGGAUGCCCUGGCAGCGGUCGCUGCGGGAGGGCAAGGCGACCCGGCCCACCUGGCUGCGCUGUGCCAGCGGUUUCAGGAGGAGCUGCUGCUGGAGAAGGCCAGGAGUGCUCAGCUGGACAUGCAAGUCAGGGCGCUGUGCAUGGAGCUGACGCGAGCAGCGCAGAGCAGCAGCCAGAUGCAGGCGGCGCUGAUGCCGAUGCUGGGCGGCAUAGAGGCGCGGCUGGUGCAGGUGCUGGGCAUGCGGCCGCGCCCCGCUGCGAUGCAGGCUGCAUCGUCAUAG